CGUUGUUGGAUGAAAGAAGGAAGAGAAAAAACAAAAACAUUGUGUUAAUUUUGCACGAGAAUUUUUUGCCAGGCAUUCUUAAUAAUUCAGUUUGUUAAUGCCCCAACGUGAUCAUGUCUGGAUUGUGUGAGAAAAGUUUUGCUGUGGAAGCGCAAUUCAUUAAUUUCUAUGCCGGUGGCGACGUCGCUUGGUCCAACGAUGGCGACACUAUUUAUUGUUUGAAUAAUACGGAAGUAUGUGCAGUGAAUGUUCCCACGGGCCAACUGCUGCGCUCAUAUGGUACUAAUGUGAACACAGCACAGCCUGAAUUCACGACAGGUAACAAAAAUGAAAGAUUGGAUGACGAUCAAUUGGAGGAUGAAAUUCCUUGUUUCUCAUUGUCACCGGAUAAUACCUUGCUUGUGACGGCUCAUCGUAGUGGACUGUUGCGUUUAUGGUCUGUUGAUACCGGCAAAGUUGUGAAAUUAUGGAAGUCGCAGCAUCGGGGACCAGUAGUCAAAAUUCAGUUCAGCACGUGUGGCAAAAUAAUUUGCUCUAGCGGUGGCGACUCAUCUUUGCGCAUAUGGGACUAUGUACAUAGCACAUGUGUGUGUGCUUUGCGUGAAUUCAGUGGCCCGGCAUUAGUUUUGGCGUUUCAUCCGGAUGCUGCGCGUACUGAAGUAUAUGCCGCUGGCUCGGAUAAUUCAAUAUAUUGUUGGGAUUAUGCAGAAAAGCGACUGUUGGGGCAAAUGCGCGGUCACCUUUCGCAGGUCACGGCCCUCACCUUCCUAGCUGGUGAGAAUGGUUAUAAUUUUCUGGCAUCUGUAAGUCGUGACAAAGUUUUAAUUGUAUGGCGUCUUGCCGAUGCAACACAGCAUAAGGUUAUACCCAUGUAUGAAGAACUUGAAGGUAUAGUCUGCUUAGAUGUAAAUGGUGGCAAGAAAGAAUCGCACAACGUAGUUGUGGCAUGCGCAUCUGGACGAUUAAAGAUGGUUGAUUGUAAAACAUCCAAAUUAACUACCCUGAGUGAAGAUUGCAGUCAGGAGCUUCGACAAUUAUUACACUGCAAAAACACCCAGCAAUUAGCUGUGGUGACAGUGGAGCAAAAUAUUAUGGUGUACAAAGCGACAGUUGAAUGUGUGGACGCUAAAAAGCUAGAAUGUACAAAUCAGUUGAUCGGAUUCAAUGAUGAAAUUCUAGACAUUUGCUUUUUGGGUGAGAAUGACCGUUUUCUAGCUGUGGCUUCGAACAGUAAAAAUAUAAAGAUUUACGACACGGAAUCUAAUAUGAAUUGCAAAAUUGUUAGCGGGCACAGCGACACUGUGAUGACGCUUUCAGCGGCUGCCGGCACAAAUUUGUUAUUAUCUGCCGGCAAAGAUCUUAGCAUUUGUUUGUGGAAAGUGGAUCCGAAUGCAUUCACACUCAACCUUGUGGCCAACAACAAUAGCAGUCACACUUCAACCAUUGGAUGUAUCGCAUUUGGUUGCAAUACAGCUACACACUUCGCAUCGGUUUCACAAGAUGGCAGUCUCAAAGUAUGGCAUUUGAAGAAAAAUAAAGAUGCACCGCAUUCGUUCAAUUUAAAGUACUCCGCACUGUCGCAUGAAAAAGAAGUGAAUAGUGUCAGCUUCUCGCCCAACAACAAGUUAUUGGCUACAGCAUCUCAAGACAAAACGGCCAAAUUAUGGAGCGCUGAUACCAAUACGUUGGUUGGUACCCUGCGUGGUCAUACGCGUGGUGUUUGGUGCGUGCGUUUCUCCCCGGUCGAUCAAGUUGUGCUCACCUCGUCCAGCGAUUGUACGCUACGCCUUUGGUCGUUAGCCACCCAAACUUGUAUAAAACGCUUUGAGCAAGAAUGCACCAUAUUGCGCGCUGAAUUUAUCGACUACGGCAAGUACAUAGUGUCGGCAGCAUCCGAUGGCCUACUCAAGUUGUGGAGCAUUAAAACGAACGAAUGUAUACAAACAUUGGAUGCACACACAGAUCGUAUUUGGUCGCUGGCAAUAUCCACACGCAGUGGGAAAUGUUUUUAUAGCGGUGGUGCAGACUCCAAAUUGAUACAGUGGCACGAUGUAACCAAGAUUUGUCGAAAUGAAGAAAUUGAUAAACGUGCACAGUUAAUGCAACAAGAGCAAACGCUACAAUCCUUGCUACAACAACGUCAAAAUAUGAAAAAAGCCUUCGUGUUGGCGCUUAAACUUGGGAAGCCAAAAACCACCUACAACAUCAUUAGUGAUUAUGUACGCCAACGCAAUACCGAACCAGUGCGUGAGAUAAUCAAUACUUUGAAUAGUGAUCAACGUGUGACGCUAAUGGAGCAUACCAAAGCUUGGACGACCAAUUCGCGGCAUUGCAAGAUUGCCAAUCUUGUAUUGCAUUAUUUACUGAGCGAUUGCAUCGCAGUGCCCUCAGAGCACGGCGUACCUGGAAUGCGAAAUGUGGUGGAGGUUCUCACGCCAUACCUGCAACGCCACCAUAAACGCGUCAACGAGCUGACCAAAGAGCUAAUGUUUCUUGAGUAUAUCGUCAAUAGUAUAUAAGUGUUCUUCAAGUUGCUUGAAAAUGGGUUGUUUGCUGAGGUUGGUUUGAUUUAUGUAAUAUUAAUAAAUAAAAUAGCAGAAUACAUGCAGUAA